AUGCCACCGGACGACAACGCCGCGGGGGGCACGGGCAUGGGCGCGGACAUCGCGGCGGACGGGCUGCAGAGCCUGAGCUUCGGCUCCUCCUCGGACCGCUCGCGCUCGCGGUCCGCCUCAACAGUCUCCACCGCGACAGCGUCCUGCUCCACCUCCUCGUCGGGGCCACUCCACCACCACCUCUCGCUCCCGCCCCCUCCCUCUCGCCGCGCCCCCACCACCCCCGCCUCCACUACCUCCGCCACCACCCUCCCCACGCAGAUCCCGCGCCUCGGCGCCGUCGCCCUCUCCGACAUCCGCUUCCUGCGUCGCCUCGGCGCCGGCGACAUCGGCAGCGUGUACCUGGCCGAGGUCAGGCCACCCGCCGCCGCCGCCAAGGCGGAGGACAAGGAGAAGGACCAACACCCGCCGCCGCCGCUGGUGGUGGCCGCCAAGGUGAUGGACCGGAAGGAGCUGGAGGGCCGCAACAAGGAGGGCCGCGCCCGCACGGAGCGCGAGAUCCUGGAGGCCGUCGACCACCCGUUCCUGCCCCGCCUCUACGGCGUCGCGGAAGGGGACCGCUGGUCCUGCCUCCUCACCGAGUUCUGCCCCGGCGGCGACCUCCACGUCCUCCGCCAGCGCCAACCGCACCGACGCUUCUCCGAGGCCGCCGUCAGGUUCUACGCGGCGGAGGUGGCGGCGGCGCUGGAGUACAUCCACAUGAUGGACAUCGUGUACCGCGACCUCAAGCCGGAGAACGUCCUGGUCCGCGCCGACGGCCACAUCAUGCUCACCGACUUCGACCUCUCCCUCAAGUGCGACCCCACGGCGCCGACGCCCGCGCACGUCAUCUCCGACCCGCUCUCCCUCGCCGCCCGCCCCGCCACCUCCACGUCCUGCGCCAUCUCCUCCUGCAUCGUCCCCGCCGCCUCCUGCUUCCAGCUCUUCCCGGGCCGCGGGCGCGGGCGCCGGCGCCGGCGCUGGCGCGUCAAGAAACCGUCGUCGACGUCGAACGGCGGCAACAGCAGUGGUGGCAGCGGGCUGGAGCUGGAGUUCGUGGCGGAGCCGGUGGAUCUGCGGUCGAUGUCGUUCGUGGGCACGCACGAGUACCUGGCGCCCGAGAUCGUGUCCGGGGAAGGGCACGGCAGCUCCGUGGACUGGUGGACGCUGGGCGUCUUCGUCUUCGAGCUCCUGUACGGGGUCACGCCCUUCAAGGGCUACGACAACGAGAUGACGCUGGCCAACAUCGUGGCGCGCGCGCUCGAGUUUCCCCGGGACCCCGCCGUGUCGUCGGCCGCCAGGGACCUCGUCACCGCGCUGCUCGCCAAGGACCCCGCCCGCAGGCUCGGCGCCACCGUUGGCGCCGCCGCCAUCAAGCGCCACCCCUUCUUCGCCGGCGUCAACUGGGCGCUCCUCCGCUGCGCCACGCCGCCCUACGUGCCGCCGCCCUUCAGCGUCGCCAACAAGGCUGGUGGUGGCGGGAGCAACGGCAAGGGCGACUGCGGCGACGAUGACGGCGACGUGUCGGACGAUAGUUGUCCUGGCACGCCCGUGGAGUACUACUAG